AACGGUCAACCAAGAAAAAAUUCUCUCGGGUCUCCGGCAAGGAGAUCCCCUUUCCCCUUACCUUUUUAUUCUAUGUGCAGAUGUUCUCUCAGGGAUGCUAAAAUUUGAGGCUAAAGCAAAUAGGAUUCAUGGGAUUCAGGUAGCGAGAAAAGCCCGCAAAAUCUCUCACCUCUUCUUUACUGAUGAUAACCUGAUGUUCUCUAGAGCAAGUAUCUUAGAAGCAAAUAAAAUUCUAGAUAUUCUAAAGCAUUAUCAAGUUUCUUCUAGUCAAAUGGUCAACCUCGAUAAGUAUGAAGCUUCUUUCAGUCAAAAUGUGUCUGAUUCUGUCACAGAAAUGAUCCGUAAUAGGAUGGGAAUAAACACUGUCCAAUCUCAUUCAAGAUAUCUAGGUCUGUCGGUUGUUUUUGGAAGAUCCAAAAAAGAAGUUUUCUCUCUUGUUCUUGACCAUGUUUGGAAGAAGCUAAAAGGGUGGAAAGAAGGAGUUUUAUCUAUGGCAAAAAAAGAGGUUCUGAUAAAAGUUGUAGCUCAAGAAAUCUCAUCCUAUGUGAGGAGUUGUUUUAAGCUCCCAGAAGGUGUCUGCAAGGAUCUGGAGGGUAUGAUGUCAAAAUUCUAG